AUGGUCAACUUGAGUAUUCCCAAGCAUUAUACUGCGUCUCCCUCCUCUUUUAGUGGGACGCCGCAUUUGACAAUCAAUCGCGAUGCAACUAUUGACCUUGACUCAACCAAUGCUUUUGAGGGUCCCGAGAAGCUCUUAGAAGUAUGGUUCAGCCCCUCUGCGGAUGCCAUUCCGGCGUCUGCCGCCCUUAACGGCCUCAAAUCUGUCCCCUUUGAAACCUGGACUGAGAUGCUCGACCUCGUCAACUGCAAAGUACUAUCCGUGGUGGAAUCGCAGGACAUGGAUGCCUACCUGCUCUCCGAGUCGAGCAUGUUUGUCUUUCCGCACAAACUCAUUCUCAAGACGUGUGGAACCACAACUCUGCUCUGCGGUCUACCUCGUAUGCUCGAGAUUGCCGCGCUCACCGCCGGUUUCCCCCACGUUGCUGCCAAUCCGCUCAAGGGCAUUCCCGCGGCUGCCACUCCUUACAGAGUGUUCUAUAGCCGGAAGAACUUUUUGUUCCCGGACAAGCAGCGCGGACCUCACCGCAGCUGGCGCAACGAGGUCAAGUACCUGGAUAACAUGUUCCAGGGAGGCAGCGCGUACAUGGUGGGCAAGAUGAACGGCGAGCACUGGUACCUCUAUAUUACUGGCCCAGGCACCAUGCUUACCCCGCCGUCCACGCCAGAGCACGAAAAGUUCCCUUCGCUGCGCACGGAGACCAAGGUGAUUCAAGUACCAGGUGAGAUGGAGGCCAUUGACCGAGCUGGCGUCAAGGGAGGACACGCGGAGGACGAGACCCUCGAGGUGCUGAUGACCGACUUGGACGAGGAGAACGCAAAGCAGUUCUAUCUCGAACACGCGAGUGCGGUCGCGGAAGGUCGGUACCUUCAGCAAGCUCGUGAGGCCCGCCAGAACGCGCAUGACAGCCUGGGAUUCCUCAGCAAUGGCGCCAACGGCUUGAAUGGACAUGCUGCCAUCAACGGAAACGGCGGCUACAUGCACCACGAUGAGGGCUUUGAUGUGUUUAGCAAUACGUCUUCUGAGAAUGGAGAAUUCUCUUCGCGCGAGGAGGCGUUCCCCGAAGAGCUUACUACGGAGGGUCACGCCCUGGGAACCGUUGUGAGCGAUGUCUCUGGUCUUUCCGACGUUUACCCCGUCAGCAAGUACCCGGACGCGCGCAUUGAUGCAUAUCUCUUUACGCCUUGCGGCUUCUCGGCCAAUGGUGUUAUCCCGGCACCCGAUCGGAGCAUCAACGCCGGUGGCCAGACUCACUAUUUCACUGUGCACGUCACCCCGGAGCCUCACUGCUCGUACGCUUCCUUCGAGACCAACGUGCCUAGCCGCCAGACUGGCCGUGAGACCGCCGAGAUUGUUGAACAUGUUGUUGACAUCUUCAAGCCGGGCCGAUUCACCGUUACUCUGUUCGAGGCCAAGCCAGUUGUUGAUGAGACGACUGGACCCAAGGACCCCAUUCAAGAGAUCAAGGCGCUCGAGCGUGCUGCUGCUCGUCGUCACUCUCGCAUGGACACCAUCAAGGGAUACCGUCGAGUUGACCGGAUCGUGCACGACCUGGAUGACUAUGAUCUAAUCUUCCGCUACUAUGAGCGGAACGAUUGGAAGGGAGGUGCUCCCCGUUUGGGUGAGAUCAACUUGUAG